GUGAAGACAUAGCAAAACUCUCUCCCUCACUAGGAACCUGUCUGCAGAGCCUCGAACCCUCACACAGACACACCUGUGCAAGAAGCAGCGGGAAGACGGGCUGGCCAGAGACUCAGAUCCCCAGCAAUUCAGCCUGUCCAUCUCAGCAAGGCCACAAUGAACCGAGGAAUCUCUUUUAGGCACUUGUUCUUGGCGCUGCAGCUGGUACAACUCCCAGCUCUCACUCACGGGAAGACAGUGGUGUUGGGCAAAGAAGGGGCUUCGGUAGAACUGCCCUGCGAAGGUUCCCAGAAGAACCAUCUGUUCUUCUGGAAGCUCCCUGACCAGACGAGGAUUCUGGGACAUCAGACUAAUUUUAUGACUAAAGGUUCAUUUGAUGGGUCUGACCGUUUUGAUUCUAAAAAAGCUGCAUGGGACAGAGGAUCAUUUCCUCUUGUCAUCAAUAAACUUAAGAUGGAAGACUCAAAGACUUACAUCUGUGAGGUGGAGAACAAGAAGAUAGAGGUGGAGCUGUGGGUGUUCAGAGUGACUGCCAGUCCGGACACCCGCCUGCUGCAGGGGCAGAGUCUGACCCUUACCUUGGAUAGCAGCUCCAAGGUCACUCAGCCCUCAAUAGAGUGCAGAGUCCCUGGGAACAGAAUUGUCAAGGGCUCUAAAACCCUCUCCAUGCCCAACCUAAGGAUUCAGGACAGCGGCGUCUGGACCUGCACCGUAACCCAGAGCCAGCAAAAGAAUAACUUUGAUAUAAACAUCUCAGUGUUGGGUUUCCAGAAGACAUCUACCACAGUCUAUAAGAAUGAAGGGGGGCUUGUGGAGUUUUCCUUCCCACUUAACUUUGGAGAAGAAAAUCUGCGGGGAGAGCUGAGGUGGAGGGCAGAGAAGGCCCCCUCCCCACAGCCCUGGAUCAACUUCUCCCUGGAGAAUAAGAAGGUGUCCAUGCAAAAGACCAGGGACAACCUCAAGCCCCAGAUGGAGGAAUCCCUCCCACUCCGCCUCAAGAUACCCCAGGUCUCGCUAGAGAGUGCCGGUUCCGGAAACCUGACUCUAACUCUGGCCAAAGGCACACUGCAUCAGGAAGUGAACCUGGUGGUGAUGAAAUUGGCUCAGAAAGACAACACUGUGACCUGUGAGGUGAGGGGACCUGCCUCCCCCAAGAUGAGGCUGACCCUGAAGCUGGAGAACCAGGACAAGGUCUCCAGGCAGGAGAAGGUGGUUGAAAUGCUGGACCCUGAGGCAGGGCUGUGGCAGUGUCAACUGACCGAAGGGGAUGAGGUCAAGAUAAGCUCCGAUAUCCAGGUUUCAGCCAGAGGGUUGAAGCAGGACCAGCCGAUGUUCCUGGCUCUUGUGCUGGGGGGCGUCUUCAGCUUUCUGGCCUUCAUCGGGCUCUGCAUCCUCUGCUGUGUCAAGUGCAGGCACCAGCAGCGCCAGGCAGAACGGAUGUCUCAGAUCAAGAGGCUCCUGAGUGAGAAGAAGACCUGCCAGUGUCCCCACCGGAUGCAGAAGACUCAGAAUCUCAUUUGAGGCCUAGGCCCCACCGGCAGCCUACCACCUGUGCCUUGCCCUGUCUGCUGAGGCCUGUGGACCAGAUGAAUGUAGCAGACGCAGUGCCUCCAGCCUCCGUCCGGCCUCCUCUUCCGUAACUGGCCACUGUUUCUCUCCCUCUAUUCCCAAGCUCAAAGUAAGCUUGCUCUCUACUUUUCAGACAACUAAACACACUGUUUAUUUUUCCCAGCUUCCUUUUCACCAAGACCUCAGCCCUUCUCUGACUCUUGUUCAGAGCCUCUUUCCAGCUGUCUGUUUGGAUCUAAGGGCAGUGCACAGAAUCAGCCGGGCAUAGAUGGUGGGCUGGUGUAUGGAAAUACACAGCACACUUUACAAGAGAGGGCCCUGGGACCGAACUGAGUGGAGGCUUGUGGAGAUCGCACAGCCUUUCGGGGACAGAUGUGGACCCCAAGCUGCUGACAUCAGCCUCAGCUUCCCGUGCUGCCUGCUCCUCACUUUGUGUUGGCAAGACUGGGCUCACAUUCUGGCCAGUGUACCAACACACACGCAGGCCACAUGCCCCUGCACAUAGCUACACACUUAUCUGUAGUUAAUGUAUCAGCCAGUUUAAUGUCCUUGGUAUUUAAGCCUUUCAAAAACCUUACAUGUAGGCAAGUAAAAUGGUUCAGCAGUAAAAGCUCUUGCUGCCAAACCUGAGGACCUGAGUUCGAUCCCUGAGGAUGGAAGGAGAGAGCUGACUCUCAAAAGUUGUCCUCCACUCAUGUGCCGUGGCCCUCAUGUACACACACACACACACACACACACACACACACACACACACUGAAAUCCACGAGCUGGCAGUGAUGACCAAGAUGGCAGAAAUGACCGAGCACCUCCAAUAAACUGGAACUAAGGUUGAAUGACUACCCCAGGUUGCACAGGUAACUAGUGUGGGUGUCAGGACUAACCCAGGGCUCCUGAUUGCUAGAGCCACUCUCUGUAACACAGGGGUGAAUGGCAGGGAGAUCUCUGGAGCUAGUCACAGGCAUGUACCUUGGAAGCACAGGAGCACAGCACCCACAGGAUGGCCUGUGUCCAGAUCGAGAGAGGAUAGAGGAGCAACUCUUGUUUGAAUCCCUCCCUGACCACUGAUGUUUGUGGACUCCUUUACUGGAGGGCAAAACCCCAGUUCACUUAGAGCAAGGCCAAGAGAACCCACCGUGCAGAGACCUGCCACUCACUGCAUGCAGAGCCCGGAGA